AUGAAUCACAAUAUUAUUACUACUUCCAAUAAAGUCAAUUUUAAAGAUAAAUUUAAGCAAUUUAGUUUAAAACUAUAUGAUAAAUGUUUAAAUCAUACUUAUUCUGAAUUUGAAGAAAAUCUAAGAAGAAAUUCAAUAAAUUCAAAUCAAACCACAAAUACCACAACUACGACCUAUACUUCCAGAUCUUCAUCAUCUACAAAUUUGAGUUUAAAAUUAUCUAAAACAUUAUCAUUACCAAACAUUUUCAAAAUUGAAUCAAAAAAGAAGACAAUACCAAAUGAUACAUCAAAUGAAUUAUUAAAAUUUGAUAUGACUUAUUCAAGAGAUAAUUUAUUACAAUUUUUAAGAGAUGAAAAUAAUGGUUUAACUGGUGAUGAUACUAUAAAUUUCAAUGAUGAGAUUAUAUCGUUUAUUGAAGAUGAAGAUGAAAAAAAUAAUGAAUUUACUGAAAGAAAAGAAGUUUACAUACCUCCUUUACCAAGUGAUUCUUAUGAAAACUUAAACAAAUCCAAAAUUGCAUGCUUAAAUUAUUUAAAUCAAUUUAACAAAUUUUCAAAUUGA